GUGGCUCUGACAGUCUGAAAGUGGCGAUGGCUGUGUUUGAGUUCCUCCUCCUCUUCUGCUUCUCUCCGGUUCUCACAUCGAAGAGGACGUUGUGUCCUGCACCUUCCAGCAACACUUGCCGAAACCUGCCGUAUGUCCUUUCGUGCCGACAGGUGAGGGAAUGCAAGCCGGUGAUCUGCGGCGAGGAUCAAAGCUGGACAAAGUCUGACCCGCGUUGCAAGAGUGAAAUGUUGUUACAAAGGGAGCGGUUGCUGGAAGACCCUGCUCUUGCGAGUCGCCUGAGAGAAUUAGGCACCAGACCCUGUGAGGAAUUGACUGGCCCCCAACGACAAAUGUGUCUGAACAGGCAUCAGUUUGAGAUCCCGCUUGUGCUUCGUGCGUUUCAGAAUGGUGGGGAUCCCGUGAAACUGUGCACGCCUUGUGGCUUCUACACUGUGUUGGAAGAGGAGUCUCUGGCUAAUGAAACGUCUCUGGUUUACACUGGAAUUGACCAAAACUUUAUGGGAGCGUUUCCCAGAAGCGGGUUUCGAUGCAAAAUCUGCAAUUAUGUGGUGAGGAAACUGAGAAAGUAUUUGGCAAGAAACAGAGGCCGGCUCUUCAGGAGAGCAUGUCGCUUCCUGCUGGGAAGCUGGAAGAGGAUGUGCAUUGACUUUAUGGGCAGAGUCGGGGAAUUGACGACCAGGCUGCUGCUGGAUGAAGAGCCGAUGGGUGGUAUUUGCAGCCACUGGGCCAUCUGCCCCCGCAGGCUGGAGACGCGAGAUGUGGCGCAGCCGACGAUGACCUGUGAGCUGUGUGAGGAAAUCUCCCUCAAUCUCCAGUCGUUUUGGAGGGAAGGUGUGGAAAUGGGAACGCUGCAGCAGGAAGUCUGCAGAUUGUACGCCCACGAAUCCAGUUUGUUGUGCAUGGAUUUUAUUCAAUCCCACAAGGAGGAGAUCACCGAAGCUGUAGAGGAUCCCAGCUUUCACAAUCUGUGCUUGCAACUGCGGGUCUGCACUGAGAAACAGCAGUUGUUUGACGUUGGAAGAGAUAAAUGUACCCGGGGACCGUGGUACUGGUGUUCAUCCAAGGAGCAUGCCUCCCUGUGUCGCAAAAAUUACUUUUGUGACUGGUACGGCUGGAGCUAACAGCAUCGUGUGAACAUGGAAUCGCAUUUCUCCCAGAAUGUAUCGCAAAGAAAUUCAACCAAAAUAAAAAC